UCAGGUGAACGUAACGGGGCCAAACUAUUCUGGUCUGUUGUAUUAGCGUUCUAGGAAGGAAACAAGGGCCUCAUUUUAACAAAUUGAGAUUAAUUGUUCUCGUAUCAAAUUAUGUGAACAAAGGAGCAUAGACAAGAUUUUCAGCUACCCCGUAACUCGUACGAAAGAGAGGGGUGUUGUACAAAGACAGCCGGGGCGCGAGGGGAGGGGCCCGGGUCGGCGAGGGUAUGAUUCGGGAUUCUAGGGAUGAGCUCUCGCCUCCUCUCGUUACUCUGGAACCGUUCGUCGCGGCCGUCGCACAUAUCUCGAAUAGCGAUAGCGCAUCGAAUGCGUAUGCGUGAUAUGACUAGACAAUUCCAAAUUUAAAUUUUUUCGUGCAGUGAUUUUUCGGAUUGACAAUUGACAUUUUUUUUCGUUUAAUUGAAGUUAAAUCCUUGAUGUGUGCGUGAAAGUCAUGAAAAUAUUUUCUACUGUAAUUGUUACAGUGAUUGUGUGAAUAUGAAGAUGUCUGCAGCAGACAGCCAGGAAUCUGGCAGCCCACCGCCAAGUCCGACUGAAUCCACUGCAUCAGAAACUGCACCCACCCUAGUUCACAUAAAACAAGAAAACAUGGUACCCGGCAUUGAUAGCAGGGAGUACUAUGGAGCUGACUUUGGUCUACCCGAGACAUACCUACCACAGAACUAUAGCGACUACGGGCGUUUGUACAGCGACAUGCAAAACCCAGGGUUUCUAGAUCACGAUUUGAAAAUACCGAACGGAAAGGAUGAAAAGGAUGAUGAUACAGAUAAAGUUCCACCAGAAUUGAUAUAUAAAACUGGCGGUAUUUACGCACGUUUUAACGUAACUAGUGGUACGAAGUACGGGCCGUUUAAUGGUAAAUGGGAAACGCAGCCGAUAGAUAGAAGAUACGCGUGGGAGGUUCUUGGUAAAAAUGGUGUUCGUGGCUGGUUGGACGGGACGGCAGAUAAAUCAAAUUGGCUCAAAUUCGUCCGCUCAUCAAAUUAUUCACAUGAUGUCAACGUGCAGCAUCUUCUAUUGGCAGGACAAAUAUGGUACAAAGUAACACGUGACAUCCCAUCAGGACAGGAACUCCUUCUUGGCCCAAGGACACCUCUGCCGUUGCAAGAUGUUUUAUCCGCUGGGGGUCGUGAAGGCUCGAGUGUUAAUUCAUCAAGCGGUUCCCAAGCGCUGACUGAAGACGAAGAGAGGGAAGAUACGGAACCACGGUGCUCUUACUGCGACGCACCCUUUCCAAAUAUCGACGCACUCGAUCGCCAUCUUAUACAAGCUCACGCGCAGCCAGCAGCAGCAUACCAUUGUGAGCUUUGCAAUCGAGCUUACUGCUCUCGGCCGUUACUUCUUCGUCACCGUGCUCUAACACACACAGAUAUACGGAAAUAUCCGUGCGAAAACUGCCCUAAGGUAUUUACCGAUCCUUCCAACCUCCAGCGCCACAUCCGCGCCCAGCACGUCGGUGCGCGCAGCCACGCCUGUCCUGAGUGUGGCAAGACCUUCGCCACUUCGUCAGGACUCAAGCAGCACACACACAUUCACUCCAGUGUCAAGCCUUUCCAGUGCAAAGUCUGCUUCAAGGCGUACACGCAGUUCUCCAACUUGUGUCGACACAAACGAAUGCACGUCGCCUGUCGAGCCCUGGUGGAGUGCCAGAAAUGUGGCCAAUCAUUUACAUCCUACGCUUCCCUAACUAAACACAAGCGAUUUUGUGACACAGCUACUGGUGGGAACGUAAAUAUGCGAGGACAGCUUUCUCAAGGCCUUCCGCAAAUAUCACCAAUACCCAACGUCAUGAAUGCACCAAAUAACACCAAUCCCUUCCCGAUGUAUAGGCCAACAUUGCCACUUCCAUACAAUACAUUUGCUCACUAUCCAGCUUUGUUUUCUGCGGCAGCCGCUGCGUGUCCGCCAGAAUUCUUAAGUCCUCUCCUCUUCAACGUGCAAGGAGCAAGACUGGCCAUGGAACAAAACAUGGCGUACAAUGCUAAUUUAGUGGCUAAACAACAGCAAGACGGGCGAAUGUCUGUCAAAAGUGUCGAUAGUUCAGCCUCAGUUGAAGAAGUGAAAAGACAAGAAAAUGAAGUUGAUGUCAUCAAAAAAGAUGAAAAUGAACGAGUAACACCUAAGCCCCAAAAUCCUUUCCUAAAGCACAUAUCACAGUCCGAUGAAGUCUCCAAGCAUUCAUCAAUGUCCUCAUCGUCAUCCUUGGCUCCGUUUAACUUCUCCAGAGAUAAUAUUAAAAGCCCAAAUAAUUUGUUAAAAAUUAACAAUAUUGACGUAAUGGAAACCAAGUCUUCUUCACCGUCACCUACCGACUUAUCAACAUCUAUAAAAGGAACUGAAAAGAAAGCAGGAUAUUUUGAAGAAGAGGAUGAUACCAAAAAAGAUCAAAACGACCAACCCUUAGAUUUAUCAAUAACUAGGAAAAAUUCUGAACCGGAAAAUGAUGAUCGCUCCUUUCGUAACUCAUCUGUCAAGUCAUAUUCCCCAGCAGAAAGUCCACUUGAACGAGACACUAAGACUCCUGAAAAUGAUACCACUGAUGUAGACGUAGAAGCAGUAGAACCCAAACGAGAAGAGUCUCCCCAAAUUGUCUCUCCUUCUCUGGCGUUUCCGAUGCCCGUUCACCCACAACACAAUACCAGUCUCAUGGACAUGUACCGACCUAGAUUUCCUACCUUUCAGCCAUCCGAGUCGAUCUUAAAUUCACACUCACCCUAUGUUCCGAGUCCAUUUAAUUUUUUAUCCCCACUUCUCGGUACUGAUGGCCCAGAAAGGCAGUCAAAUUAUGCAAAGUUUCGAGAGUUAAGUGCCGGAUCUGGUAAGCUACGUGACCGUUACGCCUGCAAAUUCUGUGGUAAAGUGUUCCCUCGAAGUGCAAAUCUGACUCGUCAUCUACGAACGCACACAGGGGAGCAGCCGUACAAGUGUAAAUACUGUGAGAGGUCGUUCUCCAUUUCAUCGAAUUUGCAGAGGCACGUCCGGAACAUACACAACAAGGAGCGCCCGUUUAGAUGUCCACUUUGUGAUCGGUGCUUUGGCCAGCAAACCAACUUGGAUAGGCAUUUGAAGAAGCACGAAGCUGAAGGUGGAGAUUCCCCUAGUUCAGCGGAUACAGAGCAAGACGCUUGCUUUGAUGAUAUCAGGUCGUUUAUGGGAAAAGUGACCUGUUCACCUGGGGCGAGGUCAACAGCUGAUUCGCCGCACACACCACACUCGUCUCACCCGUCCCACGCUUCUCGUCCUCCUCUCGCGAUAUCCACCUAGCCAACGAUGUACCCGAUGCCGUUGUGGCAUCAGCAUUUCGAAUAGUGAAUUGUAUCUAGGUCCUAUCAGAAAAGACAGAUAUUAUGAUAGAAAAAGGGCAAAAGACAAGAAUCAAUUAAUAAGUGAGGGUAUUCGUUCGAUGUUUGUUGAAAUCGUUAUUCAGUGGAGGACAUCUUUGUCGAUAACAUGCAAUGAGGUAGAUUUAGAAUAUUAUCUAACUAGGGAAACGUAAUGAUGACUCUCUGGUAUAGAUAGCAAUAGGUUUUAAUUUAAUAUUACUUUGUAUUAAUGUUAUUUGUACAAAAACUAUAAGAUAAGAUUAGAUUCGUAUUAAAAAUACGAAAUUUCUGUUCCUAGAUUUACUUAUGGAGACUCCGAAUUUGUAAAUAGAUAAUCUACAUUAAGAUUGUAAAUGACCUACAUUUAAAACCACGAAAUUGCAAAAGUAUUUGUACUUUACGAUGAAGUGAAGAAAAAAUACACAUUUCAGAUAAUUUAUAAACAUUUUGGUGUUUUUUUUAUUAAAAAAAAAUUAAAUAACAAUUAUGUGUUUUAAUUUGAAAAGUAUAUUCUUUUCAACAUUCAGUAUAGGUUAUCUAUAUUGUAGAUAACAUGAUAUUUUUGCAACUUUCGUGGCUAAACUAGCCAUAUAUGUGAUUGGCAUUAAUUAAAUAUAACGAUAUCAUUCGUUUUAGUCAAAAAUUCUACCAAAGUGUAUCACGAAAAUUCGGUAUAAUUCGUUGCGAAAAUAAUUUUUAUUUUGUUAAAUUUGUUAUUUACACGUUACUGUAAAAAUUAUAUCAUAUGGAUAGUUGUUAAAAUUAAUUUUAAAAUGUCAGAAUGUAUGUUUAUAUAGAUAAUAAAGCAAUUCUAUUCGUGUAAUCUAGGAUUAUUUUACCAUUCAUUAACGGUUUUAUUACCUUAGUGAGUGGUUAAUUAGUAUUAAUAUUAGAAAAGUCUUAAAAUUAUAAAAUAUCUAAUGCAAUAUUAUUCUACCGAACUCUUUGUAUAAGGUAGUU